AUGAUCGGGCGCUGCUCUGCUGCUCUGCAAGACGCUCAGGGGAUUGAGUUCGCAGAUGCCUCCACCUUCUGCGCCUUCCACUGCUCGCCAGCUCUGCUGUCGCGAACCUCACAGUGCUCGUCUGCGCUCUGUGGCCGUCGCCGCCGCGUUCUGGAAGCGUCUGACAGGGGCAAUGAUCAGCAACAAAUCGACGUGCUCUCAUGCCGAGACGUGGAGCAGAACGCUUCGACGCUGGCGUUCUCGCUGACGCUCUCGACUGCCAACAGCGCGCAGGUGUUCCAGGGCUUCCACGACGCCUUCUUCCAAGGGUACGACGCCAUGUUGGGAGGUGACAGCGUCACAGCGGACGCCUGUCAACUAGCAUUUCUUCAGGAUAAAUUACUGCCGGCAGUGCAAGAUGACGACUCGAAGAAGGAGGAGAACGCAGAGCGCAAGGCCAGACUCGUAAAACUGGCCACAGGACAGGAAGAAGACCACGAUAGAGCGUGCAUAGUGUCGAUAAGGGAAGUAUGGGGACAAAACGAGGAGAAGGAAGUGCCAUUACUGACAAGGAGAGGAGACAGUCUUGGGGAGAACACAGUACUAUUGAUCCAUGCGGACGAGUCGGUGGCAAAGCAGAUUCGAGCUCUCGAGUGUGUGGACAAAGUGCUGGACCUACCGGAGAUUCUGAAGCUCAUGCCCUUCGCACGAAGUGCUGCACAGCUCAGCUCCAGGAUGACUCAGGGGAAUUUGACGUCUAUUGCGGCGCCUGCCAUGGAGAUUAGACUUGUGGGGGGAGCGGACCAGCAGGCUGUGCUGGCUUCUUUCCAACAACGUGCGAACGAGCUCGUUGGACUAUUGAACGCGUUCGAAACAAACCCUUUACAGCCGAAAUCGAUUUUUACCAAGCCACUGCAGGAUCUGAGGACGUGGACGAUUAUUGUUGCGCUUGUUGUGGUUGAUAGCUCGGUCGAGUGGGUGGACGAACGUCAAGAGAUCACACAGAAUUUGCUACGGGGUGAAGAGGAGGAGCGUUGGACACGGAUGCAGAGUCAUCGACGGCUGGAUGCGUACGUGCCAAGUCUAGUGGGUGUUGAUUCAGCCAGAGAGGCCGGUAUUCGAGGAAACGACGUAGUUGUGGGCAUCACGGACACGGGAUUGUAUCUGUACCACGACCAAUUCGAUCAAGAUGAACGCGAUAUUUUCGUAAGUAUUAAGCUAUCGGCGCGCAAAGUCGUCAUGUACAAUGGCUGGGCAAACAAAGCGGAUGAAGCCGAAACUAUCACUUGUGGCCACGGUACUCACGUCGCUGGGCUGUUAGCUGGCAGCUCGUUUAGCGGUAAACAUGCCAAUCUUGGCAUUGCCGACAAGGCACGGAUAGCAUUUAUGGACAUCGGGACCCAGAGCGAAACCUGCACAGGUCAGCUGCAUUGUGCCGUGUCACUAGCCACACCUGCAGACGCCAGCGACUUGCUAGAGAGUCAAAUUGACGCUGGUGCCAAGAUUUUCUCAUUCUCGUGGGGCACACCUGGGUCGGAUUACAGCUCACAAGCCAGAGAUUUGGACGCUUUUAUUUACGAAAACCCAGACGUCCUGGUGGUUGUGGCGGCAGGCAACAGUGGCGAGUCUUCGACCACUGGUCAGCGCACCAUUUCAUCUCCAUCCGGUGCCAAAAACGUAAUUUCGGUUGGCGCAUCGCUGAACUCUGCAGCUUCUUUCACGGACUUUGGGUGCCCUGAUGUCUUCAAUGAGCGCACAGUUGCAUCGUUUUCCUCUGCAGGGCCCACAACGGACGGGAGGUUGAAGCCGGAUGUUGUUGCGCCGGGUAUGAGCCUCUUGUCUAGUCAAUCAGAAGCACCGGGAUCUACUACAGAGAGUUCAGCCACGUGCUCACUCCAGGGCACGUCACAGGCCACGCCGGUGAUCACUGGUGUCGCUGUACUUCUUUAUGAGUGGCUCCGAGACGGCUGGUGGAAGAAUGGGACCAAGAACCCAGCGUAUGCCAUGAAAACGGUGCCUGCUUCGCUCUUGAAGGCGCUAAUAAUUCACAGUGGAGAUUCUCUCCAACGGAGAAUGGGUACACUGCCGGCUAGUGGUGUUGUCUCCUGUUCGAGUUUGGCUUCCGACGCUACAGAUGUGAUGUUCCCAGAUGUCUACCAAGGCUAUGGCAAGCCAAACCUCACCAACAUUGUGGAUUUCACUGCUCUGAGCGGGAAUAGCAGUGGCAACAGCAGCAAUGGCCUCCCGUCUCUGUAUUUCUUGCCAAACUCUACAGAAAACAGUGAACCGUCUGUUGCUCACAAUGGCGAGAUGGUCAUUUCGUUUACUGUUGCUCGUGAUGUGGAUUUACGUGCCACGCUCGUGUGGACGGACCCUCCUGGGUCAACACAGGCGACGUCACAGUUGCAACACGAUUUGGACCUUGUCGUCCGCGUUCGCAAUAGUACUCAGACGUUUGGUCCAUUGACCGCUGAUUCAGGUACUGGACGAGAUUCCAAGAACAAUGUGGAGAUGGUGCAGGUCUCCUACGCUGAUCUACUUGCUGCAGCGACUGGCAAUAGCAGUAGUAGCGCCGGGAAUGUUACAGACAGCCCAGCACUCGGAAACGAUGGAGAAAUUGUGGUCGAAGCUGUCGUCUAUGGUCGUAGCGUGCUCCUAGCAGACAAGCAGAAUUUUGCAUUUGUCGCGUCGUCGAGCGCCAUUGGCUCCAUGUCAGGAUCAGCGACGGAUACAGAUGACAGCGAGUCGUUCUGGUCUGCAUGGGCCGUGGCCAUUAUUGUGGGCUGCACAAUAGUUUUGCUGAUUAUUAUUGCCUUGGUCACUCGUUGGUUCCAUCGUCGCAGCAAGCAAGGCGCCGCUAGUACAAGGCGGGGGAGAGCGCAGUAUCCUGCGCAGGCUGGGAUCAUUGGCGCAGCGGAUCAUCCGGCCUAUCAAGCGGCGACCUCGACCACUGGAGGCGACCGAUGUCCGUACUGCCCGUUUGCCACACCAGAUGCUGUGAUGAUGGUCGCGCAUGUUGAAUCCAGUCACGCUAAUGCUAACGCUCCUGGAGUACCUGAAGCCCCCGAGAACCCGCUAGAACGAUCGAUCGCUGUGCUGGGAGGCAGCAGGAUAUUCGGCUUGGAGCUGGCGGUGCCAGUCGUGACGAUGCCUCCCACAGAAAUUCAGGCUCCCGGGGAAGACGAGAAGCAUAGAUGUCCUCACUGUCGCUUUGUUACGCUGGACGCUGUCAUCCUAGUGAACCACGUACAGCACAUGCACGCCCAGCAGCAAGAAGGUUGA